AUGGGCGAUGAGCGGGUCUUGUUCAAGCCCCUCGAUACCGUGUCCCUCGCCAAAGUCGACCCGGCGGGCGUGGUGAGCCCGGAUCUAUCUCGGAAGUGUGCCCGUUGCCCGAGAUGCGCCCAAGAAAUUAAAGAACCGGCGCAGGUCGACUGGUUUUCCCCUGGCAUGAUGGUGCCGAGAUUGAGGGAUCGCGGGCGUCCGUCCGAGCUCCGUGAAGACCCGGAGACGGAGGAGCGCCCCGUGAAAGAAAGAGUGGCCCUACGGGACAACAAGGGGGGAAAAGUGAGUGCAGCUUUCCAAACUGUGACUGACUUAAUGAAUGAGGGUUUAAGUUUGAAGGCCCAGCUACAUGUGGCCGUUCAGGCGGUCAAAGAAGCGGCUGAGAAAAAAGAUCUUGGAAUGCCAGCCCAAGAUGGCGCCGAGCCAAAGGAGAGCCGCGUCUCCGGGGACGAGGCGUCGCUUAGCUCCUCCACGGGUUCCUUCUCCCGGGGCCACAGUGUUGAAGGCUUUAAAAUAGCAGAAAAGAAAAAGCAGUCACCUGUGACAGAAAAUCUCUCACCGUGGGAAGAAUGGUUCAUUUGCAAAGAGAGAGAGCUACGUGCCCACUUACAAGCCAGAGCUAUGGAGGAAAUUAAUCAACAACUGGAGAAAAGAAAAGAAAAGCAGGAACUUGAAAGAAGAAAAAAGAUUGCAGAAGAGAAACACAAGGAAUGGGUACAGAAAAAGAAUGAAGAGGAAAGAAAGGAAAGGGAACGGAAGCUCAGCAAAGAAAUGGCAGAAAAGGCAGUGAAGGAUCUGGAGAAAAUUCAGUUACAAGAAAAAGCUAAAGAAAAAUAUAAAGAAUGGUUAAAGAAGAAAAGAGCAGAAGAUUCUGACAAGAAGAAAAAAGAGAAGGAAAAAGAAAGGCAACAGGAAGCUGAAUUGCAAGAGAAAAAAGAGAAAUCAGAGAGGCUUUUCAAGGAAUGGCUACAAACUGCUAGAAAUAAACCACGCCCAAUUUUAAACAGUUAUGGCUAUGCCAGUGGGAAAUGUACAGGAUACUCUGAUGGAAAUUCAUAUCCGGCUCCGGCCUAUUGCAACCCUGUUCCUUGGAAACCAAUACAUGUGCCUCCUCCUAAGGAAGACCAGAAUGUUACAGUGAAGAAAAAUAAGAGACCAGUAUCCAGUCAGUCAUAUAGGUCUUCAUCUAUGGAACUUCUGAACUCACAACAACCUUCAUCUCCAAUGGAAACAGAGACUAGAGGAAGAUAAAACCAUUAGUGACAUACUCCUCUGCCUCCCAUAUAAGGCACCGCACAUGAAAUAAAAGGAAGUCAUCUUAAAUCAU